AAAUUACCUAAAUAACCUAACAAUUCUUCUUCUAUGUUGAUUCGAUUUAGUAGUAAUCUCUCGGAGAAUGGUUCGUGGAUUGCUGAAAUUCCCAGGAAUCUCAACGAAGUUAUUAAACAUAAGCGUUGAUUCUCUCUGCAAAUUCCGAAACUUGGAGAAAGCAGAAACGUUACUCGUAGACGGAAUCAGAUUAGGUGUUCUUCCAGAUGUUAUCACUUACAACACUUUAAUCAAAGGUUACUCUCGUUUCAUUGGAAUCGAUGAAGCUUAUGCUGUUACACGUCGUAUGAGAGAAGCUGGUAUCGAACCUGAUGUUGCUACUUAUAAUUCAUUGAUCUCUGGAGCUGCUAAAAACUUGAUGUUGAAUCGUGUACUCCAACUGUUCGACGAAAUGCUUCACUCAGGUUUGUCUCCUGAUAUGUGGAGUUAUAAUACUUUAAUGUCUUGUUACUUCAAAUUAGGGAAACAUGGAGAAGCGUUUCGGAUUCUUCAUGAGGAUAUUCGUUUAGCUGGGUUGGUUCCGGGGAUUGAUACGUAUAAUAUUCUGCUUGAUGCGCUUUGUAAAAGCGGUCAUACGGAUAAUGCGAUUGAGUUGUUUAAGCAUUUGAAGAGUCGGGUUAAACCGGAGCUUAUGACGUAUAAUAUUCUUAUUAAUGGUCUUUGUAAAGCGAGAAGGGUUGGUUCUGUGAAUUGGAUGCUGAGAGAGCUUAGGAAAUCGGGUUAUACUCCGAAUGCGGUUACGUAUACAACGGUGCUUAAAAUGUAUUUUAAGACUAAGAGGAUUGAGAAAGGGCUUGUACUGUUUUUGAAGAUGAAGAGAGAAGGGUAUACGUUUGAUGGGUAUGCGAAUUGUGCGGUUGUUAGUGCUUUGAUUAAAACCGGAAGAGCAGAGGAGGCGUAUGGGUGUAUGAACGAGCUUGUGAGAAGCGGUACACGGAGUCAAGACAUUGUUUCGUACAACACGUUGUUGAAUAUGUAUUUUAAAGAUGGGAAUUUGGAUGCAGUGGAUGAUCUAUUGGAGGAGAUUGAGAUGAAAGGAUUGAAACCUGAUGACUACACGCAUACGAUUAUAGUCAAUGGUUUGUUAAAGAUAGGCCAUACGGGAGGAGCCGAGAAGCAUUUGGCACGUAUCGGAGAGAUGGGGAUGCAGCCGAGUGUCGUCACUUGUAACUGUUUGAUUGAUGGGUUGUGCAAAGCGGGCCACGUAGAUCGUGCGAUGAGGUUGUUUGCGUCAAUGGAAGUUAGAGAUGAGUUCACUUACACUUCUGUUGUGCAUAAUCUAUGCAAAGACGGGCGGCUUGUUUGUGCUUCGAAGCUGCUCUUGUCGUGUUACAACAAAGGAAUGAAGAUUCCGUCAUCGGCUAGACGAGCAGUGUUGUCCGGUUUACGGGAGACGGUAUCUCACCAAGCAGCAAGGAAGACACAUUUCAAAAUCAAAGCAGCUAUUGAGUGUAAUGCACUAAUGUAUCCUAAAGACAUUGAGAGUAUCAUAUAGAAGAAAUUUGAUUUGUACAUGAGAGCAUAAGGGCUGUUUCAUACUAAAUUAUAGUCGAUAAUCGAGAACUCUCUUAACCAUUUGAAGAUAUAUUUGUAAUAUUAGCCAAACUUUCUUCAACAACAUCAAUGAAUUGAGAUCAGAUAU